CAAACCCAAAAUUUACUAUAAUAAACCAAGAAAACAGAUCAAUUGAUAGUAUCUAUAUUCGUUACGUUAGAUCAUUAAUUAACCUGAUAAUGUAAUACAUUAAUUCUUACUCAAGUGCAUUCAUCAACUGAUUAAUAAUCUACUCAUUCUCUCUCUCUUUCUUGUUUAUAAUCACAAAAGAAAAAUCUCUGAAACUUAUUCUCUCUCCUCACCGUGUGACUCUGAUUUGAAAACUAACACACACACACACACACUCUCUCUCUAGAAAUCUGCAUUAUUAAGCUCUCUCUAUACAUUGCAUUUUGGAUCCUGAGGAUUUUUGAAUGUGUUUGUGAGUGAAAAUAAUAGAGGAAUCACUAGAGAUCGGAGAUGACGGAUGUAACAACCGACGGAGGUUUCUCGGCUGAGACGCCUUAUCCGUCUUACAAGGAGACGAGCAGCGGCGGAGGAGGGAAAACCUCGUCUCGGAGGAGGCCAGUUAGGCCUAGCUUCGACGCGGCAACCGACAAUGAGUUCAUCACUCAGCUCCACGGCUCGGAUCCAGUGAAGGUCGAGCUUAAUCGCCUUGAGAACGAAGUUAGAGAUAAGGAUCGGGAGUUAGGAGAAGCACACGCGGAGAUCAAAGCGUUGAGAUUAUCUGAGAGGCAAAGAGAGAAAGCUGUUGAAGAGCUUACAGAUGAGCUUACUAAGUUGGAGGAGAAGCUCAAGUUAACUGAAUCCCUUCUUCAAGGCAAAAAUCUUGAAAUUAAGAAGAUUAAUGAGGAGAAGAAAGCAUCCAUGGCUGCUCAGUUUGCUGCUGAAGCUACCUUAAGGAGAGUCCAUGCUGCUCAGAAAGAUGAUGACAUGCCUCCUAUUGAAGCUAUUCUUGCACCUUUGGAAGCUGAACUUAAGCUUGCACGCUCUGAGAUUGGGAAACUUCAGGAGGAUAAUAGAGCUUUGGAUCGUCUCACUAAAUCUAAAGAAGCGGCUUUACUUGAGGCUGAGAGGACUAUUCAAAGUGCCAUGGCGAAAGCUGCAUUGGUUGAUGAUCUUCAAAAUAAGAACCAAGAGUUGAUGAAGCAAAUAGAGAUCUGUCAGGAAGAAAACAAGAUUCUAGACAAAAUGCAUAGGCAAAAGGUUGCUGAGGUGGAAAAGCUUACUCAGACUGUACGAGAGCUGGAAGAGGCUGUUCUUGCUGGUGGCGCUGCUGCUAAUGCCGUGAGGGAUUAUCAGCGGAAGUUCCAAGAGAUGAAUGAAGAACGAAAAACUCUUGACCGUGAACUUGCGCGUGCAAAGGUUACAGCAAACAGAGUUGCGACGGUUGUUGCAAAUGAAUGGAAGGAUGGUAAUGAUAAAGUGAUGCCUGUGAAGCAGUGGCUUGAAGAAAGAAGGUUUCUUCAGGGAGAAAUGCAGCAACUCCGUGAUAAGCUUGCCAUAUCAGAUCGAGCUGCUAAAUCUGAAGCACAACUGAAAGAGAAGUUUCAACUACGACUUAAAGUGCUUGAAGAGACAUUGAGAGGCACCUCAAGCAGCAGUGUAAGGAACACACCUGAGGGAAGAAGCAUGAGCAAUGGACCCUCUCGCAGGCAAUCACUUGGUGGAGCAGAUAAUCUACAAAAGUUCGGAUCAAAUGGCUUUUUGCCAAAGAAAUCUCCAUCUUCUCAGAUGAAGAAUUCAUUUACUUCUAAUUCCACCUCAGUAUUGAAGAACGCUAAAGGAACAUCUAGGUCCUUUGAUGGAGGCACAAGAUCAUUGGACAGAGGCAAGGCACUCCUAAACGGACCUGGGAAGUAUUCAUUCAACAAGGCUUGUGAUGAAGCCAAAGAAUCAGAGUCACCUAAUGCAUGGAAAGAAGAUUCAGAGGAGAAGCCACCAAGCGAAGUCCCUCCACCAACAACAACUGAAGACAUUGUCCCAGGGGUUUUGUACGAUUUGCUUCAGAAGGAAGUAGUCGCAUUGAGAAAAUCUUCACAUGAGAAGGAUCAGAGCCUCAAAGAUAAGGAUGAUGCCAUAGAGAUGUUAGCCAGAAAGGUUGAAACUUUAACAAAAGCAAUGGAGGUUGAAGCAAAGAAGAUGAGAAGGGAAGUAGCUGCAAUGGAGAAAGAGGUUGCUGCUAUGCGUGUAGAUAAAGAUCAUGAUAACAGAGCUAAAAGGGCUUCAAACACCAAGAACUCAUCCAACACAGCCCAGAUUCUUGCUGGAAGGUAUCGUAUCUACACCAAUAGCUGCUGGACGAAGUGGGUUAACUAG